AUGGAAAAAGUCCAGUUCCAGCUCGAAUCGACGCUCCCAGAGCUCAAGGACCUCUACGAGAAGGGCCUGUUCUCCAAGCACGAGAUCGACCAGAUCACCAAGCGUCGUACCCAGUUUGAGACUGCCCUCAUUCGCCGCGUCACUCGCAAGAAUGACUUUUUCCAGUACGCAGAGUACGAGAUCAACCUCGAGCGUCUGAGGAAAGUUCGCUGGAAGAAGCUCAAGUACCACAUUAACCCUCCUCCACCUUCGGCGUCAACGUACUCGCUGCCGCGUCGUACUCUGUACAUUCUGAAGCGCGCCACAGCCAAGUUCCCCGGCGACCUGGCUGUCUGGCUCGCCUAUGUCGAGUAUGCGGCACGCGAGGGAAUGACCAAGGUCGUUGCCAAGGGCCUCAACUCUGCUCUGCAGCACCACCCUCUCUCGCCCACUCUUUAUCUCCUCCUUUCCUACCACCACCUUCACCCCGGAGCUCCCCUCCCGCGCUCCUCCAUCCCGUCCACCUCUCGCCUGGACCUUCCCUCGGCUCGUGACCAGGACGACUCGACAGCCGCCGCCUCGGCCUUUGCUCUCGAGGGUACCCAGCCCGCGCGUACCACUUUGCUCCUCGGUCUCCGUGUCUUGCCCCGGUCACAUACCUUGUGGCGCGAGUACGUCAAGCUCGAGCUGGGAUGGGUGGAGGCUCUGCGUCGUCGUUGGCGUCUGCUGGGCAUCGACCUCAAGAAGGGUGCCGAUGCCGAGACAGACGAGAACUUUGAUGGCGACGCUGCCGCUCUGGCUGGUGGUGACGGAGCGUUUGGCGAGGAGGGAGAAGAGGCACGUCGUGCUAUUCUCUCGGGCCAGCUUGUGGUCCACGCCCUCGAGCAGGCGCUCAAGGAGGUCCCCGCCAAGGGCCACGAGGAGGACCAGGGCGAGCUGUUGGAUGGUGUCGCGUUCCGCACCAACAUGCUCACCAUGUUGAGGUCUUACCCUUCGCCACUGCGCAAGAAGGCCCUCGGUGUCGUGUAUGCCGACUUGGAGAAGAUUGCUGCUGCUGGCGGUGUUGAGGGCUCCAACGCACGACUCGCCCUCACCAUCCGUUCACUGUACGACCGCGAGUACGAGGCUGGCGAGCCCAAGAUCGACGGCCCGGUGGUCGCCGGCGUCGAGCUUGUCGAAGCCCUCGGUGCUAUUGGAAAGGAGAUCCGCUCCGUGGCCAAGAAGGCCGGUCCCGAGUUUGUCAACGCCGCCGGCCUUUGGCUUGCGGACCACAUCGCCCAGUGCGGCGACAACGCCGACCUCGAGCGCUACCUCUUCUCCACUCUCAAGGCCCUUACAAAGGCCUCGCUCUCGCCGUCGGCCGCUCUUCUUGCUCGCCACCUCGAGCUCGUUUCUCGCCUCGACGCGGAUGCCUACCUGACUACUGCCCGCUCCCACGUUGCGCAGCACCCCACCUCCCCGAUCCUCCAGCUCGCCCGCUUGCGCGCCGAGGUGGCCGAGACCGACAUCGCCACUGUGCGCAAGGCCUGCGCUGACGCUGCCGCCGACGCGACCGCCUCAUCUCUCUCGCCCGAGGACCAGCGUGCCGUCAUUGCCCUCUGGACUACCUGGGCCGCCUGGGAGGAGACUCAGGGUGCCGAGAACCCGCACUGGAAGAAGCUCCUGCGCGACUCGCUCCGUCUCGGCGCGGGUAUCCCAGACCUGCACUCGUCCAUGCUUGCAUCUUACUACGGUGCACGUGUGCGUAGCGGUAUGACACCCGCAAAGGCCCUCGAAGUCGUCAUUGCUGGCUACCAGCCCACGGCUGCUUUCUUCGCCCUCGCCUUCCCGCUCCUUGCCGAGCUCAACGGCGCACACGCUCCCCUCGCCAAGCUCUACGGCGCCUGGCGUGCCGCCUGCCGUACGUCUGAAGAGCGCGUGUCGGCCGUCUUGACCUGGGCCGAGUGGCUGCUCGAAAGGAGUAAGGGCCGCGAGGCUUAUGACGCUGUCGAGACGGUCCGCCGUGAGGCCCGUGGCGAUGAGGCUGAGAUUGGCCGUUUGGAGGCCGGCUGGAAGGGACUGUUGGAUGAGGUUGAGCGUCGGGCUGCUGGGGAUGAGGACAUGGAAGAGGAUGAGAGCAGUGGAAGUGACGAGGAGAGCGACGAAGAGGAGGAGUCCGGAGACGAGUCGGGAGAGGAGGAGGCCUCCGGCUCGGACGACGACGAGGAGAGCGAGGACGACGACAUGAGCGGCGGCUUUGAGAUUGCCAUGUAG